AGUCCCAGUCUUCUCAGGCUCCUAGAGGAGGAGAGACAGAACAAGAGCGGAGGGACUGGGAAGGGGUCCCAUCCUUGCACAUCCCGUCCUGGCUUUAACCCGCUGUCUCUGUCUCUAGUCUGCGGAUCUCUCCUACCCCAGUCUCCUGCCAUGAGCCCUCCUUUCAGCUCAGGCAUCUAUGUGAGCCGCAGGGUGGCCCUGCUGCUGGCCGGGCUGACAGCCGUGCUCCUGCUGGUGCUAGUGGCUCUGGCUGCCUUGUAUGGCAGCUGCGCGCACAUCCAGUCUUCGGAGCAGGAUAACCCCUGGGCGAAGAACACCUCAUUGUGGCCUCCCGGCGGCCAGGAGUUGGCGCUACCAACCCCUGCACAGGAGCCCACAGUGGGGACGUCCCAAGACUUGGGACCUCCGUCGGGGCCCUGGGAUCAUCUGCGCCUGCCCCCCUGGCUUGUCCCACUUCACUAUGAUCUGGAGCUGUGGCCCUGGCUGCAGCCGGAUAAGCUGUCCCCACCGAAUUUGACCUUCACAGGUCGCGUGAACAUCACUGUACGCUGCACAGCGGCCACCUCAAGAUUGUUGCUGCAUAGUUUCCUUCUGAAUUACAAGCAAGUGGAAGUGUGGGGUCCUCUGGCCCCGGACCCUAGGAACGCCACUGUAGGCCGCGUGCCGGUGGAGAAGGUGUGGUUCGCGCCGGACAUGCAAUUCGUGGUGCUGGAUCUGGGCCAAUCCUUGGAGCCAGGUAGCAGUUAUGAACUGAAUUUCGACUUCUCUGGCCAGGUGCUUCAGGUUGGCUUAGAAGGGCUCUUUCUGAACCUCUACCACGAUGAAGAUGAGCUCAGAGCCCUGGUAGCAACUCAAAUGGAACCAACAUUUGCCAGGCAUGUUUUCCCUUGUUUUGAUGAGCCAGCUCUAAAGGCAACUUUUAAUAUUACAAUUAUCCAUCAUCCUGGAUAUGCGGCUCUUUCCAAUAUGCCCCAGCUGGGUCAGUCUGAAAGAAUCGAUGUGAAUGGAAGCAGAUGGACUGUCACUUCCUUCCAUACCACACCCCGCAUGCCAACGUACCUCGUUGCCCUUGUUGUAUGUGACUUAGACCACGUCAGCAGAACUGAGAGAGGCAAGGAGAUACGUGUCUGGGCCCGGAAAGACGACAUUGCAAAUGGAUAUUUAGACUUUGCUGCAAACGUCACAGGCCCCGUCUUCUCCUUUCUGGAGGAUCUAUUUAAUAUCAGUUAUCGGCUUCCAAAAACAGAUAUAGUUGCCUUGCCUAUUUUUGCCAGCGGCGCAAUGGAGAACUGGGGCCUGUUGAUAUUUGACGAAUCGUCCCUGCUCCUGGAACCGGAGGAUGAGCUAACAGAGAAAAAAGCUAUGAUCUUGAGCAUCAUCGCCCACGAGGUUGGGCACCAGUGGUUUGGAAACCUGGUGACCAUGAGCUGGUGGAACAAUAUCUGGCUCAAUGAAGGCUUUGCAUCUUAUUUUGAACUUGAACUAACUAACUACUUCUAUCCUAAAGUUCCCAUGAAUAUGAUCUUUUUUUUUACCAUCUUACACGGUAUCCUCGGAGAAGAUCAUGCCCUGGAGUCUAGAGCUGUGUCCACCGCAGUGGAAAAUUUCACAGAAACAAGCGAAAUAAACAGACUCUUUGACUUAUAUACUUACAAGAAGGGGGCGUGCAUGGCCUGGAUGCUUGCUAGUUUCCUGAGUCAGCACUUGUUUAUCAACGCACUUAAGUCUUAUUUGGAGACAUUUUCUUACUCAAAUGCAGAGCAAGACGAUCUGUGGAGACAUAUUCAAAUGGCCAUAGGUGAGCAGAGUGUAAUUCAUUUGCCAGCAACAGUAAAAAGCAUAAUGGACAGCUGGACACACCGGGGUGGCUUUCCUAUCAUCACAGUAAAUGUGUCUACGGGCGUCGUUAAACAAGAGCCGUUUUAUCUCGACAAGGUGGAAAAUCAGACCCUUCUAAGCCACAAUAGUACAUGGAUUGUCCCUAUUUUUUGGAUGAAGAAUGGAAUCCCACAACCUUUAGUCUGGCUAGAUAAAAGCAACAUGAUGUUUCCUGGAAUGAAACUUUCAGAUUCUGGCAGUGACUGGGUGAUUUUAAACUUCAAUGUGACUGGAUAUUACAGAGUUAAUUACGACGAGUUAGGCUGGAAGAAGUUAAGUCAGCAACUUGAAAAGGAUCCUAAGGCCAUUCCUGUCAUUAACAGGCUGCAGCUGGUGAGCGACGCUUUCGCCUUGACUAAAAACAAUUAUAUUGAGAUCGAGACGGCACUUGAUUUAACCAAGUACAUUGCUGAAGAAGAUGAAAUCCUGGUGUGGUUUGAAGUCUUGGUGAACUUGAUAAACAGGGAAGUUAUUUAUGAUGUGAACAACUAUGCUUUAUACCCUCUAUUGAAGAAGUAUUUACUAAAGAGAUUUAACUCAAUAUGGAAUACUUAUUCAGCUAUAAUUCGAGAAAAUGUGGCAUCAUUACAAGAAAAUUAUUUAUCUCUACUUUCACUGGAAAAGAUUUUUGAAACUGCCUGUUGGUUGGGUCUUGAAGACUGUCUCCAGCUGUCCAGAGAGCUCUUCAGAAAGUGGAUGGCUCAUCCAGAGACAGCAAUACCUCCUCAGAUUGAGAACGUGGUCUUAUGCAGUGCCAUUGCUCUGGGGAGUGAUGAGGACUGGGACUUUUUGUUUAAUCUUUACAUCAAUACGACCGAGGAAGAGGUCGAGAGCCGCCGUCUUGUUCACGCGAUGAGCUGCAGUAAAGAUCCAUGGAUACUUAACAGAUUUAUGGAGUAUGCCAUCACUGCGGUUCCCUCCAAUUUUAGUGAAACAAAUAUAAUAGUCACUGUAGCAGCAUCUGAAGUUGGCCGGUAUAUUGCAAAGGACUUUCUAGUGGACAACUGGGUAGCUGUGACUGAAAGGUAUGGAACUCAUUGGCUGGAUGCUCUAGUGCAUGUCUUAGGGAGGACCGUCAGUACAGAUCAACAGGUCACGGAGUUGCAGCACUUCCUCAGCACCGUGUUGGAGGAGCACCAGAGGGUUGCGGCUCACGCCAAAUUACAGGCAAUGAAGGCGAAGAAUCUGCAAAACAAGAAGAGAAUCGCCAGGGUGGUUGAGUGGCUUCGGAAAAACACGUAAUCUGUGGCUUCUUGCAGGAUGCUUCUUGCA